GCAGAUUCCUUGGGGCUUUCCAAGAGUCAAAGUACCAGAAAUCGUAAAAAGAGUACAGGCAGCAUCUCCACACACACCCACUCUGACUUUGGCAUGCCCGGACGGACUAUGUCUGAGGCCAGCGUUGAGGGCAAGCACCGGGGAAAUGUUCGGUACCCCUCGAACGACAGCCCCGGUGGGAGCAGUGUAGGUGUAAAUAGCGUAGGUAUGGAUGGUGUGGGUAGACAUGGGGCCAGUGCGCUACGCAGCGAGCUUGAGCUUGGGAGAGGCACGCCCAGGAGUCCCAAAAGCCUGCAGGAUACUAGGUAUGCGGAGGAGGUAGGCAGUGGCGAUGGCGGUAUGGCUACCGACAGCCAGACUGAGCCAGACAGGGACGAAGCAUCGGAGAGUGGGCACGUGAUAGAUCCGCGCAAGGAGGACGCAG